CCAGUCCGCGGUCGGGCCUGGGCCGCACUCCUUCCGGCCGUCUCCGGCUUAGUCCCGCCAGCUGCUGCUGCCGCGAUAAGAGCUCCCGUUCUGACCGAGGGGCGCCGGGGCCAAAGAGGCAGAGUGGCUGUGGCCGUGGCCGUGGGACAGACCAGCCUGGGAGCCAGAUGAGCAGAGAGAUCUGCGUGCACUCCUGGCCUUGCUCCUACUACUUAGAACCGGAGAAGCGAUGGGUUUCUGGAAAGCUUUCGUUAACAUCUCACUCCCUGAGAUUUGCAGCUGAUAAAACCGGGGAGGCCCUGGUCAGCUUCCCCCUGUCCAGUGUGAUUGAGAUCAAGAAGGAGGCUUCUCACUUUGUCUUCAGUUCCAUCACUGUUCUGGAGAAGGACCACGUCAAGCACUGGUUCAGCUCCUUGCAGCCCAGCCGGAAUGUGGUCUUCAGCAUCAUCGAGCAUUUCUGGAGAGAGUUGCUGCUGUCUCCGGCAGAAGUGCCGGUGCCUGGGACCAAGGGGAAGCAGCUGACAGGUCUGAUGGCCUGUUCCCAGAAGCGCCUGGAAGAGACAGCCCGCGUCCUCCACCAUCAGGGCGAGCAGCUAGACAGCAUCACCAGGGGCCUGGAGAAGAUGGACUCUGACCUAGAUGUGGCUGACAGGUUGCUGACAGAGCUGGAGUCCCCUUCUUGGUGGCCCUUUAGCUCCAAGCUUUGGAAGACGCCGGCAGAAUCGAAGCCCAAGAGAGGCACCGCAACGGCUGGUCCCAAAGCUCUUGGAAAAGAAGGGGUGGUGGUCCGAAUUCCUGCUGUUGUCUCCCAGGGGACGGGGUGCCAUGUUAAAGCAGGAAGUCUCACCCUCCUUGUGUCGGGGUUGGAAAUCCAUGACUCAGGCUCUUUGCUCAUGCACAGAUUUGCAAGAGAAGAUAUAGAUGACAUUAAGGUUCACACGCCUUAUGAAAUUAGCAUUCGCCAGCGGUUCAUUGGGAAGCCAGACAUAGCUUAUCGCCUGAUAUCCGCCAGGAUGCCAGAGGCUCUCCCCAUUUUGGAGGUGCAGUUCAGCCAGAAGAUGGAGUUGUUAGAAGGCGCCUUGAUGCCCAGAAGUGCCAGAAUGUCUUCCCCAGCAGAGAAGGGCUGCACCGUCUGGCAGGCGGCGUCUGGGCUGAUGGACCAUGCUGUGCACCGCGAGCCCUGCUUGGCGAGCCAGGAGGCCCAGCUGCUUCCACUGCAGAUGAGUGGGCCGCUGGUUUCCGACGGGGAGGCCCAGGAGCUAAGACAGAUCCUGAGGAAGCUGAAGAGUCUCGCCCUGGACACGGAGACAGAGCUGGAGAGGCAGGAUGAGGCCCUGGACGGCAUCACUGCGGCUGUUGACCGGACCACCGUAACCAUCGACAAGCACACCCGACGUGCCAAAAAACUGACCUAGCACAGGAGAGCGAAGACGUGCCUGG